AUGGAGCUGCUGGGCUACAUGAAGCCCAUGAAGCCCACGGAAGGCGAGGAGUUUUCAGGCGCGGUGCCGCGGGAGGCUUUGCCUGAGUGGGGCCAGGUCUAUGUCCCGCACCAGCGCCAGCUGAACCUGAUGCAGGCGAACGCGGAGCUGGAGGGGCCCAGGGAGCAGCGAGGGGACAACCGGUACCGCUUCAACGUGUGGGCGCCCACCAUGAACCAGGCGGUGAUUAGCUGCGGAGAGGCCUCCGUGUGGCAGCCUGCUCUGGCGGCGGUGUCCAAUGCGUGGCACCACGGGGUUUUUCGCCCGCAGAUCUAUACCUUCAACCCCUUGGCCACGGCCUGCCUGCGCAGCCACUCCUGGUCUUGGGGCCUGCUGAUGCUGAGGGAGGCGCAGCUGCGGGGCCUGCGCCCGGACGCCUUCUCGGCGGCGGCGGCCUUCUCCAGCUGCCAGACGGAGGUCCAGUGGAAGGUCACUGCCAAGAUCCUCCAGCAUUUGCGGGUGGGUGAGGAGGGCGGGGUGGAUGUGGACCUGGUGGUGCUCAGCUCGGCCAUGACCUCCAUGGAGAAAGGCGGAAAAUGGCGAGAAGCCAUUGGCAUGUUCAACUCCAUCGAUUCGACCAGGCUCCAGCUCAACGUGGUGAGUUGCAGUGCCGCGAUCGCCGCGUGCGAAGCAGGCGGCUGCUGGGUGGGGGCGUUUGCCCUGCUGCAGCGCAUGCGUCAGGCUGCCAUGAGGGCCAACACCGUGUCCUUCCACGCGGCGCUGAAAUCAGCCCGUGCCCGCUGGCCGCGCGGCGUGGAAAUCCUGAGUGUGAUGCAGCGAGAAGGUGUCCAGUGGACGGUGCUCGCCUGCGAAGACCUCAUGAAGGCCUGCGAAGAAUGCGGGCUGGUGGAUGUCCAGCGCCAGCUCCUGGUCAUGGUGCGCGAGACUGGGCCUUUGCCCAGCCCCGCCGAGGCCAAAGAGGCCGCGGCAGAGAGGGCCCUGGUCACCACGACACCGGAGUCUUGCUUGCAGGCUGGCGGCGCUCGACUGGGAGACUCCCCGUGGGACCCGAUCGAUCCGCCGGGACCCCAGAUCUGCGGGGACCCCAGAUCUGCGGGGACCCCAGACUCCAAGGCAGCCAUGGCGAUCAGCAACAAGAAGCUGCAGAAGAUCAUGACCCUGCCCAUCAACCAGAUCUUCAGAUACCUGCAGAACCGAUCGCGGGUGCAGGUCUGGUUGCACGAGCAGGCGGACCUCCGCAUCGAGGGCCGGAUCCUGGGCUUCGACGAGUACAUGAAUCUUGUCAUCGAUGAUGCAGAGGAGAUCAUGGUGAAGAAGAAGACUCGGCGCGCCAUUGGCCGGAUCCUGCUGAAGGGCGACAAUAUUUGUCUGAUGAUGAACACGGGUGCGUGA